UGUGCAAAUUCAGAUUGCAGCAGUCCACCUCCUUUCCCUGACAUUCAGUGUUUCACAUGUCGAAGCGCAGACCUCCAUAUUUUUUACCGUCUAAUCUCUACUCAACGCUCCAUCCUGAAAGCAUCAUCCGUUUGAAAGUUUCUGGAUUUUCUUUACACCCGUUUAGCCCUGAAGGGAUUGCUGCUUGUGCGCACUUGGAUUCGUGAUGUUUUGUGCGUGGAUGCCCGCUGCCAGAGUCCGAAUGCGAGCGCUGGUUGCCAUUCUUUGUCUUUUAAAGACGAGCUCGGUGACGGCCCAGGCUCGGUAUUCCGUACCGGAGGAACAAUCAGUGGGUUCUUUUGUUGGAAACAUUGCCAGGGAUUUGGGCUUGGAUUUGCAGAGGCUUGUUGGAGGUAAUGCUCGUAUUAUUACGAAAGAUAGCCAGCAGUAUGUGGAUUUAAACCGAGAGAAAGGCAUCCUCGUUAUUAAAGAGCGAAUUGACCGAGAAGAGCUGUGCGGAAAGACGACGCCCUGCAGCUUCAGCUUCGAGGUGAUUUUAGAAAACCCCAUUCAGCUUUACCGGGUCACAGUAGAGGUGGUAGAUGUCAAUGAUAACAGCCCAUCCUUUCAAAAGAAGGAAAUAAACCUAAAAAUCGUUGAAAGUGUUGCGCCGGGGACUCGCUUCACUCUAGUCAGCGCAGAUGACCCGGAUGUCGGCAUGAACGACAUUCAAAAAUAUGUCUUGAAACCUUUAGAUCAUUUUAAAUUGGAAGUGCAAAACCAACCCGACGGAGGGACAUUCAUUGAAAUUGUUUUAGAAAACACUCUGGAUCGAGAGCAGGAAGACACGCACACGCUUGUGCUGACAGCCUCAGAUGGGGGCGAACCGCGCAGAUCGGGAACAGUCAGCAUCCAUAUUACUGUAUUGGAUGCUAAUGACAACGCUCCAGUGUGCCGUCAGUCAGUGUAUAAAGCCGAGGUGAGGGAGAACUCUCCCGAAGGAACAGUGGUCACAACAGUGGAGGCAGAUGACGCAGAUAAAGGAGUUAAUGGCGAGGUGACGUUCUCCAUCCCUCAUGUCGGAAAAGAGGCGAAGCAGCUGUUCGGUGUAAAUGCUACAACAGGUGAAGUUAAAGUUUUAGGUAAGGUGGACUUUGAAAAGUCUAAAACAUACCAAUUAAACGUUCAGGCUAGUGACCACGGGGGAUAUUCGGAUACCUGUAAAGUCAUCAUUCAAGUAAUUGAUGAAAAUGACAACGCACCUACAAUACAGCUCAUGUCAUUUUCAAAUUUAAUUUCAGAGGACUCUCCCCCAGGCACAACUAUAGCAGUUGUUAACGUGGAUGAUGAAGACUCUGAAAGAAAUGGUCAUGUCAGGUGUUCCAUUAACUCUGACAUACCUUUUAAAAUUGAGUCCUCUCUGACAGGUUACUACACUAUAGUGACCGAAAAUAUCUUAGACAGAGAAACUAACCCUGAGUAUAAUAUCACCAUGACUGUAUCUGACCAAGGCUUCCCACCUCUUUCUAGUACCAAAAACAUGAAUGUAAAGGUUUCUGAUGUGAAUGACAACCCACCACAGUUCAGUCAAUCAGAAUACACAAUGAGCAUACCAGAAAACAACUCCCCUGGAUGUUCUGUGUUUACAGUCAGUGCUACUGAUGCAGAUUGGGGUCAAAAUGCGAGAUUGUCUUACUUUUUAGAGGAAAGAGAGAUAAAUGGGAUAGCGGUCACAAACUUAGUAUCAGUGAACUCAGAUAGUGGUGUCAUACAUGCUGUGAAAUCGUUUGAUUAUGAACAGAUAAAGUGUUUUGAGAUUAACAUAACUGCUCGGGAUGCUGGAUCCCCUCCUCUGAGCUCAGUUGCUACACUUAAAAUAAUAAUUCAGGACAAGAAUGAUAAUCCACCUCAGGUUUUGUAUCCAGUCCAGACUGGCGGCUCCAUGGUGGCUGAAAUGGUUCCUCGUUCAGCAGAUGUGGGCUACCUGGUGACUAAAGUGGUGGCUGUGGAUGUGGACUCUGGACAGAAUGCCUGGCUCUCCUAUAAACUACAGAAAGCCACAGACAGAGCGCUGUUUGAAGUGGGCUUACAGAAUGGAGAAAUAAGAACUAUCCGUCAGGUGACUGAUAAAGAUGCUGUGAAACAAAGACUGACUGUCAUAGUGGAGGACAACGGGCAGCCCUCUCGUUCAGCUACAGUCAUUGUUAACGUGGCGGUGGCGGACAGCUUCCCUGAAGUCUUGUCGGAGUUCACUGACUUUCCUCACGAUAAGGAAUACAACGACAACCUGACUUUUUACUUAGUGUUGGCUCUGGCUGUGGUUUCCUUCCUCUUCAUCACGUGUUUAGUGGUUAUUAUAUCAGUGAAGAUCUACAGAUGGAGACAGUCUCGCAUCCUGUAUCACUCCAGCCUCCCUGUGAUUCCAUAUUAUCCACCUCGUUACUCAGACACUUUGGGAACAGGAACUCUGCCACAUGUGUACAAUUACGAGGUGUGCAGGACGACUGACUCCAGAAAGAGUGACUGUAAAUUUGGAAGAGCUGGUAGCCAGAAUGUGUUGAUAAUGGAUCCCAGUGCAACAGGGACGAUGCAGCGGAUACAGAAUGAGAAGAACAUCCUAGAUGAACCCGACUCUCCUCUAGAGGUUAGUCAUCCUCAUCAACUUAUACAAUUAAUAAUGUAG